UUCUCAUUGUCAUUUAUUAUUUUUUCAUUAUGAAGUUGAAUUUGUGAGCAAUUCAAGGGAAACGCUGAUUCUAAAGUGUUACCAAUCUAAGGAUGUACUUCCCCAAAAUAUAUUUUUUAUUGUGCUUAUCAUGUUGUGGCGAAUUAACAUUGGCUCGUCUGAGAUUUCAUCCAGAUAAUCCAGACGCUUCUCAAUUAUUCUUGGGUAGAUUUCCAAUAACAUCGAAGCAAACUAACGACCCAAUAAAUAUCAAGAGCGAAAGUGCUACAAAUGUUGGUCUUGGUGGUUUGAAGCCGUUCAGUUUGCAUGCAAGUUUCUCAGACAAUGUUAAAGUGCAAAAUAACGGAAAUAUAGUUAAAGUAGUACUUCAAGAACCAUUUACCACUUCUGGCGUCACGGGCGGUGUUCUUGGGGAUGACAUUUACCUGUUCGAAGAAAUAAAAUAUCUUUGGACUGACGAUAUGGAAGGAACUGCUGCAACAACAGUUGACGGAAUAGGGUAUCCUUUGGAAAACAUAGCCAUCUUUUUCAACAAAAAAUAUGGUUCAUUUGAGAACGCCUUGAAUCAUCGAGAUGGAUUGGUAGAAGUCGAUUUCCGUAUCGGAAUUUGCUCCAUUCCAAAUUUACUGUUUGAAAACUACGCACCGAUACUAAAACAAGUUCAAAAAGCUGGAUCAAUUGCCUACACAACUCUGGGCACGGCGAUUGAAUGGUUUGCUGCUAUUAGUUUAAUCCUUCCUAUCGACAGUUAUUACAGUUAUCCAGGAUCAUACUUCAAUAAAACACAGAAUAAAAGAUACUACAGUGCUACUGUUAUAAUUUUCCCACAUGCCCUUGGAAUGUGUUUAACCCCUCAUCAGUUUAAAGAGACCUUUGGAUCAUUUAAAAAUUCUUCCGGACAACCAUUAACCAAUACAGAAUCUCAGUUUCCCCAAAAAAUGCCAGUUGUGCGAGCAAGAGGAAUACUGAAUUUAAACACUCCUUAAAUUACAUCAUGCCUAAAACAUACUGAAAAAUGAAAUUAGUAUUACCUAUUAUUUUAUUGGUCAAUGUUUUAAUUUUAUUCAGUUCUUCAAUUUUUUUUGCUCUGGUUAUCUAGGUUGGUGAUUUAGAACUCAAAAUAUCAAAAAAUUUGUUUUAGUUCUUAAUAGGUAUUUCAAUAAAAUUUUGAACCCGG